CAGUUAUCCAAUCAGAGUAGUUCGCGCCCUCAGCUCGCGUGCGCGCCUUUAUCAUAAUCGUAAAAAUGUUUUCAAUACGUCGUUCACUAAACAAUAACAAAAUCACCUACAUAAUGCGCUCCUGGCACAAAACCGAGCCAUAAUAUAACUAAUCUUCGGACUGAGAACACAUAUUGUUGCAUUCCGUAAAAAUAAAUAACAACAAGCCAUCCGGUUCCUUCGCAUGUUUGAAGUUGAAAAAUAAACUAUUUAGACUCGAGGAGAGUGCAGUCACUUUGAAAAAUGUAUCGUAUUUUAAUAAAAUGGAUUUUUAUGUUUUGAAAUAUAAGUGUUACUAAGCGACAAUAGUUGAGUGAUAGUUGUGUGACUUGUGUGAGGAAAAUAUAUUUGAAUAAAUACUUUUUUGGAACGAAAUAAAAUGGCGAGACGUUGGGUGGCAUUCAUAAUGCUUUACGUGCAUUUAGCGAGUUGCAACAAUGAGAACAGUGUCAAAGAUCCCACGCCAGCUGUCUACGAACCAUCGUGGACAUACAAGUGCGUGCCUGACGAGGGUUGCCAACGAUCACAGUCGCCUGAACCCACGGCAAAUUACACGGGAACUGUGUAUGAGAGCCUGGAUCUCUGCCGGACGAUAUGUGGCAGAUUCGGUGGUAUCUGGCCGCGGCCAGUCACAGCAGCAUUAAGCUCACAAACCGUAAAGAUACAUCCCAAUUACUUGAGGUUUGAUCUAAUCGAUGCUCCUGUCGAAACGAGAGAACUUUUAGCUAAAAUGACUCAAGUAACGGCAUCAAAUUUAGUAGACGAAUGUGAUGGCAAUGUAACUGAUAUAGUCAAAACUCCAGUUAUUGUCUACAUCACUAUCAAAACACCGAAUACAGACCUAACCUGGAGUACUGAUGAAUCGUAUAUGCUGGAUGUUCAAAAUAAAGAAGCGAACAUAGCCGUGCACAUAUCAUCCGAAACAGUGUAUGGAACACGGAAUGCGUUGGAGACAUUCACACAACUAGUCACAGCAGAUAAACCAGACUACACAGAUCAUUAUAAAUGUGGCCUUCGACUCAUCUCGGGAGCAAAGAUAAGGGACAAACCCGCCUUUCCUCAUAGAGGCUUCAUGUUGGAUACCUCAAGGAAUUUCAUACCGAUAGAUGAUAUAAAGAGAAUGCUUGAUGGUAUGGCUACGACGAAAAUGAAUGUGUUUCAUUGGCAUGCUACUGAUACUCAUAGUUUUCCGUUGGAGUCAUCGCGAGUGCCGCAAUUCACGAGAUACGGAGCGUAUUCGGCAUACGAGAUUUACACGGCAGAAGAAAUCCGUGAGUUGAUAAGUUACGCACGAGUAAGAGGAAUCAGAGUUGUCAUAGAGAUUGACUCUCCUGCGCACGCUGGGAACGGUUGGCAAUGGGGAAAGGAAUAUGGUUUCGGUGAUCUCGCGGUGUGCGCUAAUAAAAAUCCGUGGAGAUCAUUCUGUAUCCAGCCUCCGUGCGGACAGUUAAAUCCUGCCAAUCCUAAUAUGUAUAAAGUUCUUCGAGACCUGUACAAGGAUAUAGCCGAGAUGUUGGCUAAGCCCGCUUUGUUCCAUAUGGGAGGGGAUGAGGUAUUUCUCGAAUGUUGGAAUUCGACCCAAGAUAUAGUCACUUAUAUGGAAAAUAAAGGCUACGAGAGAAAUGUGGAAGGUUUCAUUAAGCUAUGGGCAGAGUUCCACUCAACGGCUCUGCAAAUUUGGGACGAGGAACUGGCAGAAUCCGGACAGAAGGACCAGCCCGUGAUGCUUUGGUCUUCGGAGUUAACACAAGCGCACCGGAUACAAAAGUACUUAAAUAAGGAUAGAUACGUAAUAGAAGUGUGGGAACCUCUAUCGAGUCCCUUGUUAACCCAGCUCCUCAGACUCGGGUACAGAGCUGUCUCCGUCCCUAAGGACAUUUGGUACUUAGAUCACGGCUUCUGGGGAAACACCAAGUAUUCAAACUGGAGAAGGAUGUAUUCCAAUGUGUUGCCAGUUGAUGCGAACAUGUUGGGUGGGGAGGUUGCCAUGUGGAGUGAAUAUGUGGAUUCACAGGCUUUAGAUACACGAGUUUGGCCCCGGGCAGCCGCUGUUGCUGAGCGGCUUUGGUCCAACCCCACUUCGAGUGCCAGUGUGGCCGAACCCAGGCUACAGCGGCUGAGGUCUAGAUUGGCUGCCAGAGGGAUACCUUCCGAUGUCCUGUCACCAGGCUGGUGUUCACAACAUGAUGCACGGUGUCUGUAGAAUUUUAUCUAGGAAGGUUCAAAUUUGGAACAUUAUGUCAAAAAUAAAAUAUUCCGAUCUUAAGGGAUUAGGAAUGACGUGUUCAAAAAGAAUUAAGGGACUUUGUAACCUCAAAAAUAUAAAUAAAACUAAUUUAAAAAGAAGCAUUUGUUCGAGUGUGGAAUAAUUCUCCGUAGGGAUUUUUUUUAAACUAAAACAUGGCCAAAGUGAUUUAACUAUGUAUUAUUAAUUGAGCGAUUCAAAAUUUGUUUGUGGUAUAACAAUUAACGAAUUGUUAAUUAAUCGUCGUAUAACUAAUUGGUGAAUUAGUUAAUUAUAGAUAUAAAUUCCUACUCGCGGUUUAGUAAAAGUUAUGGAUCAGGGUUCUGUUCUUGGUUAGAAAAUAUUUCCAAACAUUCGAUAAAAUGACUUCAUUCGUCCCUAUGCCUCGUCAGAGGACAUUACACUGGAUAGGGUCUUGAGUUAGAAUCUCGGAAAUAAAGCUUUUGAAAUACAUUCAAGCAUAACACUAUAAGACCAGGAUCGAUAAUUUUUAAAACCAAAAAAAAUAGUAGUAGGAUGAAACCCAUUAGAAAAGGAGGGGAAUAUUAUAAAAAUGAAAGGAAAAAUAAAUUACGGGCGAUCUGAAGUCGGGAAGGGGAUGGGGGUGAGGGAGGAAGGGUAAAAAACGGUUUUUCUCGAUUUCCGGCAAAACUAAAAGUCCUAUCGAAAAAAGUCAAAUGGCAAAGUU